AUGUCGCCUACUACCCAAGAAAAAAAUGUAACUACAGAUCCUGCCGUUAUGGUUAUGGUCAAAGAAGAAAAAUCAAUUGUUAGUGCGAAAGCCACAUUAUGUUGUGGUCUGUCCGUUAAUACUUGGGCAAAGAUUGCCAUUAAUCUAAUUCUACCACUAACACUUGGUAUUUUUACAGUAUUCAUUGCUUUCUAUCAGCAAGAAGUGACCAAUAAGCAACGUCUAGAAGAUCGUGAUAUAGCACGUAUUCAACGAGACCAAGAUUUAAACAUUUCUGCAAUGCAACGUGAACAUGACAAAGUAGUUGCACGAUCCCAGCGUGAAGAAGAUGAGCUAAGACGUUAUCAAGAUUUAAAUAUUUCGGAAAUGAGACGAGAGCUUGAUAUUUUCCUUGCUAAUUCCAAACAAAAUGCUGACAAUCUGAAUGCCGAGAAACAGCGCAAUAUCUCACAAGACCAACGGGAACACGAGCUUCAAAUAGAACAACAACGGUAUGAAAAACAAAUGGCAAUCGAACAUGAACGACAUGAGCAAGAGCGAGCUAGAUAUCAAGCACAGCUAGCUCUGUCUUAUAUGAAUGAAAUCGGUGAUCUUAUAGAGAAACAUCAAGGAUCUCUCAGCUCACAUCCAAUAUCGGCAGCACUUGCACGUGCUAAAACACUGAACGUUAUUGGACAGCUUGGUUCUAAUCGAUCAAGACCUCUUAUUGAAUUUCUUCAUGAUGCCAAACAGCUAACAACUAAAAAUAAUCCAUUAGAUCUCUCUGGUGCACAACUCAAUGGGCUAGAUUUCAGUGGUCCAUCAGGUCUACAUAUACGACGAGAUCUAUCGCUCGUUGGAGUUCAUCUGAAUGGAGCAGUAUUCCAAGAUUUAGAAAUAUACCAUUGGGAUUUUACUUCUGCAUUAUUGAAUGGGGCUACCUUUCGAAAUUGCAAUAUUACAAAGACAAUAUUUGAUCGUGCUUCUUUGAUCGGUGCUGAUUUUUCUUUUAGUUAUCUGGAUAUGAAUACAUUUUCUCGUGCAGAUCUUUCAAUGAGCAAGUUUCAUGCAGCCAUUGUCAGAUCAAGUCAUUUUGAUGAUGCUAUUCUUAUCGAGGCUAAUUUCUCCAAUGUUAUAUCUGAUGCAACGAAUCUUGACAGACAUUUACGUUUCACUUAUUCAAAUCUUGUUUCAACAACGUUUCGUAAUGCUCAACUAAGCAAAGUACAUUUUCGUCUGUGAAGCACAUGUGUGGAAAGCAAAUGUGAAGGUGAUAUGGUUCUAUCUUUUCACAAUGCACGUUUUGAUGAUGUAAAUAUAGGCAGACCUCGGGCCACGAUUAUCGAGGCAGGCAAUGCCUCUACGUACGAAGACGGUGAUAGUAUCUAUUGUGUAAGUCCAGUUUUCUAA